AUUCGCGCGACGCAUUAUUUCGUGAAAGUUAUUUGAUGCAAAAUAUGCAUUCUUUUAUAGUACAAUUAUCUACAUAUUUAUUAUAACAAGUAAUAUAUAUUUUUAAUGUGAAAUAAUAAAUUUAUUCAUAUAUGUACCGUUCAAGUUAUAUAUGUGUAAAUUUACAAAGGUUUGUUGGUUUGUUGAGUGUACAAACGCAUCGACUACUCAUUCGUUAUGGGCAAAGGUUAGAGAGUCAGUGCGAGUAGCACGAAGACAAGCAAUCGUAGCAGAUGUCACGAUGUAGGAAAUUUUAAUGUUAUUAGUUAAUAAAGAUUCAUUGGUUUAGGAUUUAAAUAUCCGUAUAACUUAAUUUCCAAUACAUGGAUACAAACAACAGCCAGAAGCCCCUCGGUGGGCAAUCCACUGGAGGUGGCACUGGCAAUGAUAAAAAUAAAGAGUGGCAAAUGGAGCUGCUCAUGGAAAAAUUAAGAUCUAAAGCAUCAGCAUUUAAGAGUUUAAUGGAAACUGCCAAGAAUCUCAGAAUGGCAAUGCUGGAUAAAAGAUUUGCUAUAGACAGUGUUGAAAAAAGUCAACUUCAAAAAUGUUUAGAUACCUUACAACAUUCUAUUAAAGUUACUUCUUUGCAAUCUAUGGUUGAAAGGUUAGAAAGUCUUUCAAGACAACUAGGCUUGAAAUUUAUGUCUGCACCAUCCGGAACAGAACUUUUUAUAUCAUCUGAUAUGUUUUUCUUAGAAGUUCUUCUUGAACCAACUGGUGUAGUUAAAGAUGUGAAAAUUCAUCACGAAGGAAAAAAUGAACAACAGAGCUGUGAAGAAUUAGUUGCUUGUCUUUCAAGAGGGGACUUUGUAGACUUUACAGCACAACUCGAAGGCUUAGCAUCAAUAUAUCAGUUAAAUGCAGACAAAAAAGUGAAGUGUAAAGCAUUCUGUGCUCUACAAUCGCUAGAAGCUGAUUUAGGUGUUUUGGCUCAGUUACAAACAUUUAUGAAAGAGUCAUUUAAUCUUGUUCACAAAAGUCCUGUAGGAAUAUUAGAAAGACGGAAAGGCGGUCACCCUAUGAAAUUAACUUACUUUGUAUCUCCGUAUGACCUGAUUGAUCAAGAUAAUCGAAUAAUAGAACAGUUAAGUCCAGAAACUAUCAUUACUCGUAAAAUUGGUCAUUCUGUAACAGUUUGUUUGGAAGGAUCUACCGCUCACAAACUUCCAACUUCAAGUAUUAUCACAGUGAAUCGAAGUCCUACUGGAAAAAAUACACCAUCAUAUGCACCUCUCACCGGUGCUAAUUCUUCAAUGUUGCCAGCUUGUUUUGUUCUAAAGCUUGCUAAGAAGAUGCCCAUGUGUCUCGAAUUAGUUCACAGAAUACAAAAAGUAACAGAAAUGGAGUGUGUCGAUGUGUCUGCACCUCAGCCUAUUUUAAGUUUGAUUGUUCAACAUGCAAGUGGAGGACAAUUAGAUUGCCGGAACAAUAGAGGAUUAUAUGUAACUUUACCUGAUCAACAGCAUUGCUACUUUAUGACGGAGAAUAAAAGUAUGGAAGGUGUACUUGUUGGAAGUAUUCCUUUCACGCAUCCAGCUCACGUACCACAAAUUCUUGGAUGUCUACGUCAACAAGCUCUGUUUAAUACUCUGGUGAUGAGCUGCGUGCGGUCAAUGGCUCGUCAAGAAGUUGAGCAGACAACAAUAUUCGAAGUGAGUGCAUUAUCGUGGCAACAUGUGUCCGUGAGUCUUGAACAUCCUUUUGAAGAAACAUUAGCAACUGCUGAAUUGGAUUUGACAGACAUUUCCGCGCUCAAGUGUAAACUUUACGGCGUUAGCAUGACAAAUACCGAGCAAACGUCGGAAAUUGUUAGUAAAGUUCUUCAAAGGUGCCUUAGCAUACCAGUAACGAUGAGAGCGUUAAUUAAAAUUUGGGAAGGUCGAAAUUCAAUACAAAUUAAUGGAAUAUCUAGUGGAGGAACUGGUAGUGGAGCUACUAAUGGUGGCAAUUAUGGGGUAAAUCUUGGUUCUGGACGCGAGCAAAAUGGUCAUGAUGGACCUACUUGCAUACCAGACUUUACUAAUGGUGAACCGAAGAUUAAACAUGAGCCAGGACUAAAUGGUAACAACAAUAAUAGUAUAAGCAGACAAUCAACACCCUCACAUCAGCAGCAGUCUUUUUUAGAUGCCGGAACGGAGAAUAGUAUCGGGUUCCCGUCCUUUUCCGGCCAAUCCGAUACAUCUGCUGCUAUGUUAAAUCCCUUGCAACUUGGUGCACUACUUAGUCAAGGUAAAAGCUCUCCAGUAGGAGGCUUAGGUUCUACGACACCUACAAGUGAUCGUUCAAAAAAGACACGUAAAAGAAAAACUGCAGAUGGUCUUUGGAGAAGUCCUAAAAAUAAAAGUGAUGAUUCUGGUGAAAUUUUAUUAGAAAGUUCCAGUUCUGAUUCUACUCCGCUUGGUACACCAACAUCGAGAGAUAAUGCCAAUGGAACUCGAACACCGACACCAACUUCAGCUGCAGUUAGUUUAGUUAGUGGUCUAGAUUUGUCUAAUCUUGAUGCUAGUGACAUUGUCGGAGGUGAUACUCGGAGUUCAACUGAUUAUGAUGUAGAAAAUGAAUCAGAAGUGAUGGAAGUUCAUGAUUUGCCUGACGACUAUGGAGAAAUAAUGAAAAGAGAUCGAAAAUCAAGAAAGAGUCGUGAAGAAAAGAAAAGUCCAAGUGUUUUUGAAGAUAAUAAAAGUAAUUUAGUACCACCUUCCGUUAGUAUCACUCCAAUUUCUAGUGGUGGAAUAGGGCAAACGACCAAUUAUAAUUCUGUGCUGACAGGAAUGGGAUUAGAUCGAAGACCGGGGAUUGAAAUAAUUCCAAUUUCUUCAUCACCACAAACAAAUCUGCCGAGUUCUAUUACAAUAACACCUAUCACUGGAGCUACAAUUAAACCUGUUACGUCAGACGAAAGAAGAGAUAGAAAGAAUAAAACGAGUGAUGAUAAAUCAAGACUGGAGAAAAAAAGGAAACGUAAACGGGAAGACAGUCCAAUGGGACCACCAGAAAAACUUCCUCCAAAACAACCACAAGAUCCACUGUCUAAGCCGGUUUCCGUUAGUAUUAAACCUACUGAACCUCAACCAAAUAUUGGAUCACGUCCAUCGUCCCCUGCGACAACACUUAGAAAAUUAAAUCCAUCUCCGACUCAUACAAGCCCUUUAGCUCUACUUGGUAAGUCUUCUCCGACACUGAGACAACCUGCAUCCGCUUCUAAUACUGGUACAUCGGCUUCAACUUCUUCAACAUCGAGUAAAUCCAUGCCAAGUCCUAAACACUCGCCAGUUUAUAACAGCCCUAAGCAUUCAUCGUCAGGAAUUCCCGCUAGCGUUAGCCCAAAACAUGGGACCUGCUCACCGAAGCAUGGAAGUACAACUAGUACUGGCAAGCCCAGUAUGUCUGCGUUAAAAUCAGCUGCUAAUAAUUCACCGUCAGCUUGUGGAAAAAGUAGUAGUGAAUCUUCUAGUUCGUCUUCCAAACCCAAGUCUUCGUCUAGUAAAGAAACAAGUAGAGAUAAAGAAAGAAAGAUUCCAUCAUCUUCAACUUCGUCUUCAUCAACAUCAGGGUUAUCUUUUAAUAGUGGUAGUUCUGGACAUCAAAGUCCUAAAACAAAAUCAUCAAGCAGUAAAUUAAAAUCUAUUGAACUCUUGCCAAAUGCAGGAGAACCACCGCCAACUUCUAUGUCUGGCAGUGGUGGCAACACACCACCCUCUGGAAGUUCAGAUCUCAGUAAAUCAUCCACAGCUCAACAGCAGCAAGCGAGGAAUCGUAAAGGUUCUCUAAGUGCUGUAAUAGACAAGUUAAAAAAUGCUCAACAUGUCUCGGAUGAUCCAGGGAAUGGUGGAAGUUCUUCAAAGUCUGGCGGAAAUUCUUCCAGUGGUGAAUCUGGCCAAAAAGAAAGACCUACAACAUCUUCAAAUAAAACAAGUGAAGGAAAAAGUAUGGGAAAAAAUAGCCCCGCUCUUGAUACUAAAAAUCCAGCAGAGUAUAUGGUAAAACAUAGUUUAGAUGGAAUGAAAAUUACCAUCAAUAAGACUAGAGCUAAAGAUUCAAAAGCUGGAAGUAAUGUUAAACUUUCUUCAAGUACUGGAAAUGUAAGUGGAUCAAUGAGCUCGUCAGUAUCAAAUUCGGGAAACGGUUCACCAAAAACUCACACUGGAUUAAAACCGGGAGUCAAUUCGGGUCCAGCUUCCAAGAAACCGCAAUCUCAAUCUGUUAAAACUUCCAGUCAACAAGGCGGAUUAACGUCUGCUGUUGGGAAUAAAUUGAGUAUGGCAGGGCAAAAAGUUUCAAAUCUCAAGUCAACUUCAAGUUCUUCUAGUGGUGGAUUACUAGCGAAAAGUACAACUAAAGCAUCAAGUGGAUCGCCAAAGAUGUCAAGUUCUGGUGCGACAGAUUUAAGUAGAAAUCGAGACAAACCAAGAUUGCAAAAAUCAGUUGAUAAAAGUGGGAAUCUCUUCAGUUCUAAAUCAACAGAUUCACGAAAAGCUAGUCCUUCACCACUACGUGAAGAAAGUGAGAGUGAAAGAGCUUUCAAAAUUCUUGCUGCACAUACAUCUAUGUCAAUAUUUGAUUCAAAAUUUCAAAUACCAAAAUUAUCCGCUAGAGUAAAUGCUGAAGCUGCCGAGAAAAAGUUUGGUGAAAAGCUUUCAUCGAGUACAUCAAUAGAUCAUAGUAGUAGUAAAUUAUUAGACACUUUAUCAUCGAAUAAAAUUGAUCAAGCGAAGAUACAAUCAUUACCUAACACAUCGCUUUCGAGUAAUGUUAAAUCCACUGACAUCAUGGAUCAAAGUUCAAUGUCAAAUCGAAGAGACAUCAAUCAAACCAAGUCAGAUAAUUUGUCUACAAAUCCUAUGCCAAUGUUGAAUCUCAGUAGCACUCUCGACCCAUCUAUGAUCUUACAACCACCAUCUUCUUCAUCAUCAAUUGUACCUGCCGCUUCUCAUGAUUCUGAUGUGCCGACAAAUUUAUCAAUGCAACCAGAUGCUGAAAUAAGAGACGUAUGUAAAGAUUUGUCAAUAACUCCGAGGUCAUCGGCUUCACAGUACCUCAAAAAUAUGUCUUCAAUGAGCUCAUCAAGUUCUUCAGGGAGUAAUGAAGACAAUGCUAACAUAUUGAGUCAUAUUAACGUUGAUACUACAUCAUCUACUGAUACUUUAGGAUCUUCUAAAACGGCUUCAACUUAUUCCUCUUCAACUUCAUCGAAUACUACUGGAAGUACUUUAGGAGAUAAUGUGAGUUCCGAAAGCUUAAAUUUGAGUACUAAGCCAGCAGAUGCAGCUUUGAAUAAGUAUAAUAAAUCUCUGGAGGAACGAAAAUCUCUAGAUAGAUCAUCAAUUCAAUCUUCAACACCACCUAUGACAGCAUCGUCGAGCUCUUCAUCAAUUGAUGUGUCAUCUGUGAAUAAAUCAACUACACCAAUUCCAGGGGAGUCACUCGAAGUCAAUGAAAUGUUGUUAGAUUUUUCCACACCAAAAGAUAUUGGCAAAAUGUCUCUUUCAACGGUUCCAGAAAGGACUAUGAAUUUACAGUCUGUUCCAGUUAGAAGAAAUACUCCUCCACCACCACCGCCACCACCUGCGUUUCCACCGAGUCCAUCUUUGAGUCUUCAUAUUGUUAAAAGUCCAGCACCUUCUCCGAGAGUUAUUCCACCAUCUCCACACUCUACAACUUCACCUUGUAUAACUGAUGAUGAACUUAUGGAUGAAGCUCUCGUUGGUUUAGGAAAAUGAAGACUACUUGCACUGCGUUACUGGUUAUUUAAUCAAGUACCAAGGACGCAGGCAAUAGCCAGAUAUUUUUAAAUCAAUUUAAUAAUUAAAAUGGUUAUUCAAUGAAGUGAGAAAAAAAAUUAAGUUUUGAAUAUACUGUUGUAAAACACAAAUAUUUGACAAUUUUUUUUUUUAUUAGUGAAUUAUUGUAAAGAAAUAUGAAAAAAACUUGCAAUAAAUAUUUUGAAUUAUCAAUAAUUUAUUGCUGAAAUAAUCAAAAUUUUAAAAACUAAUAAUGUUUUAUAGAAUGAAUUUGUUCUUUUUUUUUUAAAUGAUUAUUUCUCACAAUGUAAGUGAUUGAAAUGAUGAUUGACUAAUUUGAAAAAGGCUAAUCCAUGACUCAUCAUUUACGUUUACAAUUAUGUUUUUAUCUUGAGAGAAAUUUAUCACACAAUCAAAGUGUUAUAAAAAUUGUUAGAGUGUGUGUAUUAAAAAACAUUUGAAAUUCUGCCCUCAAAAAAAUUAUUAAUUUGCUCAUGUUGUUCAUUAUAAGAACAAAUUUUUUGGAUUAAGUUUACAUAAUUAGGACAAAGUGUACUUCCUAUUUAAAUCGGACAAUAAUUGAUUCUUCAUACGUAUACACAUAUAUAUAAUUAUUUAUUUAUAUUAAUUUACUGCCUAUUACUUUAGUAUUUUUACUGACCAAUUUGAUUUACAAUCAUCAAUAUAUAACGUGGGCAAAGUUGUAAUUUUUAAUGAACUCAAUUUAGAAGAAAACUAGAGAGGAAAGAAUAAUUUUAUUUGAUUAAAAAAGACUCGUGGAUUCUUGCCAAUGCUAGAGUAUGUACAAAAAAAAAUGAAGCAUUGAUAAUUGAAUAAAAAAUAUUGAGUAUUGCCUAGUUAACUAGCAGCUAAUAGAUUGGCACCAAUAAAAAAGACAAAUUGAACUGCUAUGUGUCAAUAGCUGUAAAAAGGUAAAAAUAGUAUCAUACACGUGUGAAUUAUUGAUACUAUAAUAUAAUAUGUAAAGUUAUAUGUAAUAGUAAAACAAUUUGUAUAGAAAAUUGAGGAAUGAUUGAAUGAUUUACGCGUAUGUAUACAAUAUGUGUAUAUAUGUAUGCAUACACUUUGAGUAUGCAUGUACAUAUGCAUAAUCCUGUUGUAUUAUGUUAAUGGAUACAACCUAUUAUAUUUAUCAAAGGCUCGCUAAUAAAUAUAUUUACUUGUUUUAAAAA